ACUAUAUUAACAAUGGAGGAAGUUUAACGUAUCCAUCAGCAUAUGGACAAGACCCUCUUUAUGGCUACCCUGACCUCCAGCUGCAGAGGAACAACCUGUGGUCGUCAACAUACCACUGUGUUUUGUGUGUCAGUGUCAGUGACUGAAGGAGAAUCUGUCACUUUAUCUGUGAAUCUCACUGAACAUCAGAGGAAACAGGGAAUCUCCUGGAUGUUUGGAGCUCGAGGAUAUCUCAUAGCAGAAAUCAGCAGAGGAGACGGUAAAGUCAAGACAUAUGAAGAUCAAGCCGAUGGAAGAUUCAGAGACAGACUGACGCUGGAUCAAACUGGAUCUCUCACCAUCACAAACACCAGAAUCACAGACUCUGGACUUUACGAAGUGACCAACACCAGCACCAACAUCAAACUCAACACAUUCAUCAUUACUGUCCACGCUUAUCUGCCUGUUCCUGUCAUCACCAAUUCUUCAGGAUCAUCCAGCUCAAAAUGUGUUGUGUUGUGUUCAGUAAUGGAUGUGUCACAUGUGAGUGUCUCCUGGUACAAAGGAAAGAGUUUAUUGUCCAGCAUCAGUGUGUCUGAACACAGAGACAUCAUCAACAUCUCUCUUCAUCUGGAGUGUCUGGAUGAUUCUUACACAUGUGUGAUCAACAAUUCCUUCACAAACCAGACUCAACAUCUCAACACUGAUGUCUGUCACAAGUGUUCAGGCUUCUGCAGUUGUGGAUUAACUGAAGCUGCGAUCCGAUUGGUCCUCUCUGCCCUGGUGGGCGUGGCUACUGUUGCUGUAAUGGUUUCUGACGUCAGAUCCAGAAGAGAUGGACAGAAGAUGGGAUCAGAACAGAAGAAGAUGGGAUCAGACAUUCAGAUAACUGACCAAUGAAUCUAUCAGUUCUAUCAUCGUGGUGUUUUCAAUCUCAAUCAUAUUUUGUUAAAACAGCUGAACUUUCUGAUACACUUUCUGACUCAUUCUGACAACAAUCUGUUAACACGGUUUAAUACAGUUGCUCAGUGGCAGACUGGCCAUCUGGAGAACCGAGAGUUUUCCUGGUGAGCCGCGUCUCAAAUAAUACUAUUAUUUUCUUUUGCCCACUUGUUAUAGUUGUGAUUUCUGUGGCCUAUAGCCUAGCAGCAGUAAUAGCGCUUGUCAAUGUCAAAAGGUUGACCAAUCAAACAGAGUUUACAGAAUUCUAGCCAAUCAAAUUACAGAGGCCAAGCAGAACAGAACUUAAGCCAAUCAAACUGAAGAAGACAGACGUUUCAGCCAAUUAAAUUGAAGACAGAACUUCGGCAGGCGGACGCUAACAAACAAAACACGAAUAGUUUUAAUGAUGACAGUGUAGCAGUGGUAUGUGGGAAGGCAAACAUAACAAAGCCAAUUGUUUAACAAUUACGAUGAGAAAAUGUAAGAUUUUAGAGAUGCAAACAUAACUUUUGUGAAAUCUGCUGUUUUGAAUGAAAACUUGUGGUUUGUCACACAAUGUUAGAUGUGUAACGCGCAUUCGAUUUAACAUGCCUAAAAACAUAACCGAUAACGUUAGCAAUCGAGGCAUAUGAUAAGACUGUGUAAGUUAUAUGAUGGAUUUAAUUAAAACUGAAGAAUUCAAUAGGUUGCAUAACUAUUAUCACAGGUAAUGAAAUUACUAUUUUUGUCAAAUCUUUAUUGAAUGUAUAGUUUUAUCAAACAUAUUGAAGCUAAGCCCAAAGAGCGAAUGUUUUCUCUUCUCGGUUUAUAAUCCUAAAUGCUCACUUUUGUUUAGACUUGUAUGUUGAUUUUGGACUUCUCUGAUGUAAAACAAUAGUCGAGUCACACCUUUUUAUUCUCUUGUCUAGGAAAUUAUUCAUACGUACUUAAAACAGGGUAAAACUUGAAUCUUUGUUACAUGUCACGGUCAGUAAAGUGUCAUGUACAAACAGUUUAAAUGCAUUACCCUACAUUACACUGACAUGUUUAGGCAGGCUUUUAUGUAAUUCUGAUGUCUGUUUGUUUCUUAGGCCUUUACUGUUUUAUGUUUGUUGUUUUAUUGGCUUUGCAAUGCGUCUUUAAAAGAUCUUUAGAAACAUUUGUUUCUAUAUUGUGGUGUUAUAGAAUCAAUAAGCUGGUGUGUCAUGUUAUUGUUCAUGUAAUGUUUCAUUACAGGAUGGAGUUUCAUUCUUUAGUUAUCAUCUCUUGGAUCUGUGAUGACUGUAACUGCACUUCUGAUCUUCUGCAUCUGCAGAAAACACACAAACACAUAUCAACAGGGAAACUAUGACUCACAGCUG